ACCUCGGCCCUCGCAGUCCAGAUGCCCAGCGGUAGCUGAACCGAGGCGGAGAGAUGGCGUCCCAGCCGCCGCCGCCCCCCAAGCCCUGGGAGACCCGCCGAAUUCCGGGGGCCGGGCCGGGACCAGGACCGGGACCCGGCCCCACUUUCCAAUCUGCUGAUUUGGGUCCUCCUUUAUUGACAAGACCUGGACAACCAACACUUACCAGAGUGCCCCCUCCUAUUCUUCCAAGACCAUCCCAGCAGACAGCGAGCAGCAAUGUGAACACUUUCAGACCUUCUUACAGUUCAUUCUCUUCUGGAUAUGGCACCUAUGGAAAUUCAUUUUACGGAAGCUAUACCCCUUAUAAUUAUGGAUAUAAUGGGUUAGGCUUCAACCGCCUCCGUGUUGAUGAUCUUCCACCCAGCAGAUUUGUUCAGCAAGCUGAAGAAAGCAGUAGAGGUGCAUUCCAGUCCAUUGAAAGUAUUGUUCAUGCAUUUGCUUCUGUCAGUAUGAUGAUGGAUGCUACCUUUUCAGCUGUCUAUAACAGUUUCAGGGCUGUAUUGGAUGUGGCAAAUCACUUUUCCCGCUUGAAAAUACACUUUACAAAGGUUUUUUCAGCUUUUGCAUUAGUUAGGACUAUAAGAUACCUUUAUAGACGGUUACAGAGGAUGAUGGGUUUAAGAAGAGGCUCUGAGAAUGAGGACCUUUGGGCAGAAAGUGAAAGAACUAUGGCCUGCCUUGGUGCCGAGGACCACGCAGCUAACUCAGCAAAAUCUUGGCCAAUAUUCUUGUUUUUUGCUGUUAUCCUUGGUGGCCCUUAUCUCAUCUGGAAACUUCUAUCCACCCACAGUGAUGAAGUAACAGACAAUAUCAACUGGGCAAAUGGUGAAGAUGACCAUGUAGUUGCUAGAGCGGAAUAUGAUUUUGCUGCUGUAUCUGAAGAGGAGAUUUCUUUCCGUGCUGGUGAUAUGCUAAACUUGGCUCUCAAAGAACAACAACCCAAAGUCCGUGGUUGGCUUCUGGCUAGUCUCGAUGGUCAAACAACAGGACUUAUACCUGCAAAUUAUGUCCGAAUUCUUGGUAGAAGAAGAGGUAGAAAAACAGCAGAAUUGAGUAAAAUUUCCAAGCAGCAACAAUGUUUUGCCAACUCAAAAGCAACUAAAGAAGCCACAGCUGCAGAUUGUUUGGAUGAACAUGAAGCUAACUUUGAAUCUGUUUUUGUUGAAACCAACAAGGUUCCGGGUGCACCUGAUUCCACAGGGAAAAGUGGAGCUAAACUAGAUCAUUGAUGUUUUUCAUGUGCAGUUGAAUAGUACAUUAGAGUACUUUUAAAAGUGAUUUCUUGUAAUUAGUCUACAAUUCACUGAAAACAUUUGUUAAUGGCUAUUCCAGGUAUUUUGUUGCUAGAAAUUAUCACAGUUAUACACUAGUGUGUUUGGUCUAGUGACCUGGCUACAUUUUACAAUUGGACCAUGAGGAUGUUUGUUUCAUUUAUCUUUUAAGAUUAUGGAGAUUCCUCUCAUUUUCAUCAUAUUUAAAACCCUAGGCUUAUUGGAACAGUACAUUUGAUGAGCUGUAGAAUGCAUGAGUACCUCAGAAGGGAUCAUUAAUACUUUUUACAAUUCUGAGUUAAUUGACUUAAAACCCUCAUAAAUUGAGUGAUAACAUCUGCUAACAUGAACAGGCAAAAAUCAAAUUUUUAUAACCUGAAGUAAACUAAUAAAAUUUUUCUCAUCUGUAUUAUGUCUAGUGUUGGCUAUACUUUUAGGUAAAAGUUUUUUUUUUUUUGUCCAAGACAAUUGAUGCUAUUGUCAUUUAUUGUUUUAAUUUUAUUUUUAAAAGGUCACUAGAGCUGGCCAAGGUGGCCCAUGUCUUUAAUCCCAGAACCCAGCCAGAGAUAGAAGGAUAGGAUUGUUAUGAGUCAGGGCUAGCCUGGGGCUACAGAGUGAGUGAGUGCCAGGUCAGCCUGGGCUAGAGUGAGACCUUACCUCAAAAAAAAGAGGUCACCAGAGGCAUUGUGAAAAUAUUGGUUCUAGAAUGACAUAACUAUUUCUCUCUAUACACAUAAGACUAGUCUUUAUCUAGAAGUGAAUCAGAAUAUAUGAGAAGAUUUACUUUCCUUUUCUCCAACUAAAACUCAAGUCCUUUGAGUUUGCACUUCAUGAUACAAUGCUUUCUACCAGUAAUGAUUUUUAAUUUUUAUGGAUUCUCUGCUUCUAUCUAAUGUAAUUACUUUUUCAAAUUCCAUAUUUAGGAUGUACUUUAAAUAUUAAAACUGUCACAGCCAGGCAUAGUGGCGCACGCCUUUAAUUCCAGCACUUGGGAGGCAGAGGUAGAAGGGUCGCCAUGAGUUCAAGGCCACCCUGAGACUACGUAGUGAAUUCCAGGUCAGCCUGAGCUAGAGUGAGACCCCCCACCUUGUAAAAAUAAAAUAAAAUAAUAAAAAAACUGUGCCACAUUGGAUACACAUUUAGAUUUAGUUUUCACUAUUGUUUAUAAAUAAAAUAAUUGCCAUUUUGAAUAUUACAAUAUUA